CCUCCCGGGCUCCUGUCCCACCACCGCCGCCCGGCUCCGGGUCCCUGCCGCUUCCUCCGCGCCCGCCGAUGGCCGGGAAGACGCUGUCGUUCCUACCGCCGCUGCUGUUGGCCACGGCGGGCCUCACCGGCCUCCUGCUCCUCUGCGUCCCCACCCGCGACGUCCGGGAGCCGCCCGCCCUCAAGUAUGGCAUCGUGCUGGACGCUGGCUCUUCACACACAUCCAUGUUUAUCUACAAGUGGCCAACGGACAAGGAGAAUGACACAGGCAUUGUGGGCCAGCACAGCUCCUGCGACGUUCAGGGUGGGGGUAUCUCCAGCUAUGCAGAUGACCCUUCCAAGGCGGGACAGAGCCUGGUGGAGUGCCUGGAACAGGCAAUGCAGGAUGUGCCCACAGAGAGACAUGCUGGCACGCCCCUGUACCUGGGUGCCACGGCAGGCAUGCGCCUGUUGAACCUAACCCAUCCAGAGGCUGCAGCCAGUGUCCUGGCUGCAGUGACACAGACGUUGACCCAGUACCCCUUCGACUUUCGGGGGGCACGCAUCCUGUCGGGCCAGGAUGAGGGCGUGUUUGGCUGGGUGACUGCCAACUAUCUGCUGGAGAACUUCAUCAAGUAUGGCUGGGUGGGCCGGUGGUUCCGGCCAAGGAAGGGGACCCUGGGGGCCAUGGACCUGGGAGGGGCAUCCACCCAGAUCACCUUCGAGAUGACUAAGCCCGCUGAGGAUCCAGCCAACGAGGUCCACCUUCGGCUCUAUGGCCAGCACUACCGUGUCUACACCCACAGCUUCCUCUGCUACGGCCGAGACCAGGUCCUUCAGAGGCUGCUGGCUAGUGCCCUUCAGACCCAGCACUCCCACCCUUGCUGGCCACAGGGCUACUCCACCCAGGUGCUGCUAGGGAGUGUGUACCAGUCACCCUGUACUCAGGCACAGCGGCCCCGGGCCUUCAACAGCAGCACCAGGAUCACGGUGUCGGGUACCAGUGACCCUGCACGCUGCCGCAGCCUUGUCUCAGGGCUCUUCAACUCCUCCUCCUGCCCUUUCUCCCGAUGCUCCUUUGACGGGGUCUUCCAGCCCCCAGUGGCUGGAAACUUCAUCGCUUUCUCUGCCUUCUAUUACACUGUGGACUUUAUGAGGACCGUCAUGGGGCUGCCCACGGCCACUCUGAAGCAGCUGGAUGCAGCCGCAGUGACCACCUGCAACCAGACAUGGGCCGAGCUGCAGGCUCGGGCGCCACAGCAGAAGGCCCGCCUGGCCGACUACUGCGCCGGGGCCAUGUUCGUGCACCAGCUGCUGAGCCAAGGCUACGGCUUUGAUGAGCGCACUUUCAGUGGCGUGACCUUCCAGAAGAAGGCAGCGGACACGGCAGUGGGCUGGGCGCUGGGCUACAUGCUGAACCUCACCAACAUGAUCCCCGCCGACCCGCCGGGGCUGCGCAAGGGCACCGCCUUCAGCUCCUGGGUGGCCCUUCUGCUGCUCUUCGCCGCCUUGCUCCUGGCCGCGCUCGUCCUGCUGCUGCGCCGAGCGCGCUCUGCCAAGGCGCAGAACGUCAUCUAGGGGUGCGGGGGCUGCCCUGGACCCCAACCGCAGCACCUCCCUCCGCAGUUCCCCGCCCCAGCACCCCUGGGGGUCGCGCAACUCAGACUCUGCCACCCACACCCACAGAGGUCUUGUGUGGGGCAAAGGAGACCCGCACCCCCUUUCAACCCCCCGGUUCCCCCAGCCCCGGCAGCCAGGCUUCACCUUAACGCUUCUCCCUUUGAGGUGAGGGCCCCUCAGCCUGACUCAGAGCAGCGUCUCCAAGGAACAGGCCCUUUAUGGGUCAUCAGGGCCCUCGAGCGCCCUCCGUGGAGUCCGGGCCUGUCCUGGGGAGGGCCGGAGCCCACGGCAGGGAGCCAGCCCAGCGCCUUCGUGUAAACAUUUUGUAAUAAAAGGUUUUUCCUAGAGCA